CACAGAUAGCGCGCCGUGGAGCCGUGGGUGUGAUGCCAGUGAACGCGUGGACCCUGCGCCGCCGCCGGAGCGCUCUGUCGGGGGUCGGACUGCAGUAGAGGCGCCGUGCGGGGAACCAGAGGGAAGAAGCUGCAUGCGUUAAAAGGGGGGGCGGGAAGCACCUUGGAGACGAGUGGCUGCCGGGAGCGCGUAAAGAUGCGGCUCCUGUUGAGCGUGCUGUCCCCGGUCCUCUCGCUCACCAUCUUCGGAUUAUGUCCCACUCUGACCAUAGGCCCGAAGGAGGGCUGGCAGGUGUACAGCUCGGCCCAGGAUGCCGAUGGCCGCUGUAUCUGCACAGUGGUGGCACCAGAACAGAGCCUGUGCUCCAGAGACGCCAAGAGCAGACAGCUCCGCCAGCUCCUAGAGAAGGUGCAGAACAUGUCUCAGUCUAUUGAGGUGCUGAACCUGCGCACCCAAAGGGAUUUCCAAUAUGUCAUGAAGAUGGAAAACCAGAUGAAAGGCCUAAGGACCAAGUUCAGACAGAUUGAGGAUGACAGGAAAUCCAUCAUCGCCAGAAACUUCCAGGAGCUUAAGGAGACGAUGGACGAGCUGAAUCCCUUGAUCCCUGUACUGGAGCAGUACAAGAUGGAUGCUGCGCUCAUUUCUCACUUCAAGGAGGAGAUCAGGAACCUCUCAGGAGUGCUGACAGGUAUCCAGGAAGAGCUCGGGGCCUUUGACUACGACGAGCUUUACCAGCGAGUCCUGCGACUGGACAGCAGGCUCCGCGGCUGUAUGGGCAAACUCACAUGUGGGAAAUUAAUGAAAAUCACUGGACCUGCUACAAUAAAGACAUCUGGAACCCGGUUUGGGGCAUGGAUGACUGAUCCUGUGGCGUCUACCAGAAACAACAGGGUCUGGUAUAUGGACGGUUACACCAACAGCAAGAUUGUGCGCGAGUACAAGACUAUGGACGACUUUGUAUCGGGGGCGGUUUCCCGGACCUACAGCCUCCCGUUUAAAUGGGAGGGAACCAAUCACAUUGUCUACAAUGGAUCGCUUUACUACAACAAGUACCAGAGCAACAUCAUUGUCAAGUACAGCUUCGAGUCAGGCAGCGUGCUGGCUCAGCGGGCUUUGGAGUUCGCCGGCUUCUACAACAUGUACCCGUAUACUUGGGGGGGCUACUCCGACAUCGACGUCAUGACUGAUGAACUGGGGAUGUGGGUGGUGUACGCGACCAAUCAAAACGCCGGUAACGUUGUGAUCUCCCAGAUAGAUCCGGACACCUUGCACGUACUGAACACUUGGAACACCGAAUACUCCAAAAGGAACGCGGGUGAAUCCUUCAUGAUCUGUGGGACGCUCUAUAUCAGCAACUCUCACCUGUCGGGGGCAAAGAUUUACUACGCUUACUCCACCAAGGACUCGAGUUACGAGUACAUAGACAUUCCCUUCCACAACCAGUACUUUCAUAUCUCCAUGCUCAGCUACAACGCCAGAGAGAGAGCGCUGUACGCCUGGAAUAACGGACACCAGGUGAUAUUCAAUAUCACCCUAUUCCACGUCAUAAAAACCGACGAUGACUCUUAAACGCAAUUAUUUUUCCAACCUACUAAAGCACCAUCAUUUGGGAUACGAGGACCUCCUGAUUAACCAUGUUUUGUUUUGUCAAAAUUGACUAUGGUAUCUUUUCCUGCCACUUUUGGAAUUUGUGGCUGAACCGAGCAUGGACAUCGUGACCUUAUUCAAAAACACGUUAUCCAUUGUUAAGACUUUUUUUCUUCGCUGCUGAUCAGACUGAAAUGCCUUAUUUGCUUUGUUGGGUCUGCAAACAAAACAUUUUUGCAUGAAUGUCCACAUUUGAUCUGCAGUGAUUUACUAUGCUGUGUUUUGUUGCAAAUUUGUUCAGUGACAGUGUUUGCUUUUUAUCUAUUCAAAACUAUUUAAAACAACAUCUCCUUCAUAUUUGCUACCACAUUAAGCUAGCUGUUUAUUAAAUAGUAUUAAAUUAGAAUUAAACCAUUCUUUUAGAGAUGGGCCUGUCGGAUAUUGCUGUCAUGAAUGUAACUGUAAGAGCAUUUGUAUUUUUUAUAAAAGAAGACCAUAUGAGAAUAUCUGUGCAUUUUCAUUCAAAUUAAAAUAUUGUACAUUUCAUUAAAACGGUUUUGGCUGGUA